ACUGCCCCGUGGACCUGUUCUUUGUCCUGGACACCUCCGAGAGCGUUGCCCUGAGGGUGAAGCCCUUUGGGGACCUGGUUGCCCAAGUGAAAGAUUUCACCAACCGGUUCAUUGAUAAGCUGACAAACAGGUACUACCGCUGCGACCGCAACCUGGUGUGGAACGCUGGGGCGCUGCACUACAGCGAUGAGGUCGUGCUCAUCAAGAGCCUCACCUCGAUGCCCAGUGGCCGGAACGAGCUGAAGAACCGUGUCUCAGACGUGAACUACAUUGGGAAGGGCACCUACACCGACUGUGCCAUAAAGCGGGGCAUCGAGGAGUUGCUCAUCAGUGGCUCCCAUCACAAGGAGAAUAAAUACCUGAUCGUGGUGACGGAUGGACACCCCUUGGAAGGGUACAAGGAGCCCUGCGGAGGCCUGGACGAUGCUGCCAAUGAAGCCAAACAUUUGGGGAUCAAAGUGUUCUCCGUCGCCAUCUCCCCCAACCACCUGGACCAACGGCUCAACAUCAUCGCCACAGACCAUGCCUACCGCCGCAACUUCACUGCCACCAGCCUGAAGCCAACGCGGGAGCUUGAUGUGGAGGAAACCAUCAACACCAUCAUUGACAUGAUAAAAGCUAACACGGAGCAAUCGUGCUGCUCCUUCGAGUGCCAGCCUCCCCGAGGACCCCCCGGACCUCCUGGCGACCCGGGCAAUGAGGGAGAAAGAGGCAAGCCAGGUCUUCCCGGCGAGAAAGGAGAUGCUGGAGACCCAGGCAGGCCAGGGGACAUGGGACCUGUUGGCUACCAAGGAAUGAAGGGUGACAAAGGAAGUCGUGGAGAAAAGGGCUCGAGAGGAGCCAAAGGAGCCAAGGGUGAGAAGGGCAGGCGUGGAAUCGAUGGCAUCGAUGGCAUGAAGGGCGAAGCUGGAUACCCCGGGUUACCUGGCUGCAAAGGCUCACCCGGAUUUGACGGAGCUCAAGGCCCACCUGGACCGAAGGGAGAUCCCGGCGCUUACGGACCCAAGGGAGGAAAGGGGGAAGCUGGGAACGACGGAAAGCCUGGCCGGCAGGGGAUUCCUGGCAGCCCUGGAGAGAAGGGCGCACCUGGAAACCGGGGUGAGCCUGGACCGGCAGGAGAGACGGGCGACGAGUUGAGUCCUCUGCCCGGUGCUCCAGGCAUGGAUGGUCCUCCCGGAGAGCGGGGCAGCAAUGGAGAAAGAGGCCCCCCGGGCUCACCGGGUGACCGCGGGCCAAGAGGAGAGCCG